UGAUUGUUCCUAGAACAAACUAGUGGCAUAAAAGAAUUGAAGCUCCAUUUAAGGGUAUCAGAUCCGAAUCCUGUUCAGGAGUAGGAGUGAGGACUGGUGGCAAAACUGGAAAAACACAUUUCACCUAUAAAUGCAGGAGUAGAACAGAAGUUGAAUGUAUUCUUCCUCAAAUUGAUCCGCCGUGUGGCAUCCAUCCCCCAUCAAUGGCCUCAAAAGUAGAAACCCAUGGUCGUCAGAUGGCUCAAUCCGGUCCAACCUAUGAAGACCAACGCCACCAUCAUGACCACCCAGUGAUUCAACAACAUAGAGUUACAAUACAGAACCACCACUUUGAGAAGCUUGUGGGGAUAUUGCAUGAAACAGGUUCAGAGGAGCUUGUAAUCAUAUGCCAUGGAUUUAGAUCCUCAAAGGAUCGCAUCCCUAUGAAGAACCUUGCUGCUGCUUUCGCAAAAGAGGGAAUUAGUGCCUUUCGCUUUGAUUUUACUGGCAAUGGGGAAAGUGAAGGUUCAUUUCAGUAUGGUAACUACCAUAGAGAAGCUGAUGAUUUGCGUGCUGUAGUCCAAUACUUCAGUGAGAAGAAACGUGUUAUAGCUGCAAUUAUUGGGCAUAGUAAAGGAGGAAAUGUGGUGCUUCUGCAUGCUUCAAGAUAUAAUGAUGUUUGUACAGUUGUUAAUAUCUCUGGCCGCUUCAGUUUGGAGAAAGGCAUUGAAGGUCGCUUAGGCAGAGAUUUUUUACGAAGAAUCAAGCAACACGGAUUUAUUGAUGUUGAAAACAGAUGGGGAAAGCUCCAGUAUCGGGUGACUGAAGAAAGUUUGAUGGACCGUCUAACGACUGAUACUCAUGCCGCGUGCCUAUCAAUUCAUGAAAGUUGCAGUGUGUUGACUGUUCAUGGGUCUAUGGAUGAAAUAGUACCAGUCCAAGACGCCAUGGAAUUCAACAAGUACAUAUCCAAUCACAAAUUACACAUUAUAGAAGGAGCUGAUCACGAAUACACUUCACAUCAGGAUGAAUUAGCUUCGAUUGUGCUCGACUUUGUAACAGCUGGUCUGCGGCGAGACAAAGAUAUGCUUUAUCAAUUGCCAUCAUGCAGAAGAACAGAUAAGUUUAUCCAUUCACGGUUCUGAUUCUCAUCAUUCUCCAGCAAUCAUAAAGGAACAUUGUUCUUAAGUUGAACUGGGAUCAGGACCAAGGAACCAAAUUUACUUUUCAUUUGUUGAGUAGCAGUGGUUUGUUUGCCGGUGGAUAGAAUUCAUAGAAUAGGAUGGACAUGUACAUCACUCCAUGCAGGUGGCGGCAUCCAAGGUGGAAAUCCCCGUUGAUAUUGGCUGUUGCCGGUGAUUGUGUUCUUCACAUUUUUGUAAAUUUUUGUAUUGGUGGUUUAUUUUUGGCCUACUAUCAAAUUUCAACAAUUGGAACUUAAAAGAGUAGUUCAAAUUUGUUUACUUCAGGAUGGUUUGAUGAGCCUUCCAGGUAAAUACUUAUAUGAGUUUGGA